GAUGCCUGUGAUCCAAGGUUCUUCAGACAAAAUGUUCUUUGAAAAUGCUCACAUACGACACCCCCGUCGCUACCACGAAGCCUUUCUGCGCAGUCGACCCUACAGGGGCGAGCUGCCCACGGCGGCUGGGCUCCUCCUGUACCCGGACACCCCCACAAAGAUGGAGACCACAACCCAGGAGGCUUUCUGCUUCAGACGCCCCCAACAACACAGAGACAAAGGUCCCUGUACCACCCAAAGGACUCGGCAGGAAUCCCUCCAUCCUCCGCCCACAUCCUCAAGCUACACAAGAGGAAAAGGAAGCCGCAUAGGGAGCAGCCGACCACGGGAUGAUGAGCAAGGAGCCGACCACGACCACACAACUUCAGCGACUGCAAACAAUGGACACGGAGCAGCAGAGAUGAAGUCUCAGUAUCAGGAGGAUUUCCCUGCUCCGCCCCCCCGCUGCAGGAGGGGAACGCCGGCCCGCCCACAACCCGACAACAUCGGCAUCAACCCCGCCUUCAGGAUUGAGUUCAACACCAUCCAACGAGAGGCCUUCCCGGGCUGGCCUGUCACGACCCCCCUGAGACCCGGCAGGCUGAGCGGAGCUUCAUCCAGGCAACCAAACCUGAACUCUGAGUAUUUAUUUACUCUGAGGUCAAACACAUAAAUAAUAUGCUUAUCCAAGAACAAGCUUUCGGCGGCGAGGUGACCUCAGACUCGACGAUUACGACGAUGUAAUAUAUAAU